CAUUUCAGUACAAAUACUGCAUUUCCUUACAUCCGUUCUACUCACUAGAUACGAUUCGUUUUACUGUUUUAUAUAAUAUAUAGGAUUUAAAAAAGUUUAUUUUUUAAUUUUUUUUCUUAUUCUAUAUAUUUUGUAAAUAUGGAAACCCCUAUUUUGUAGAAUGGUACAGCCAAAAGCGCAGCGCACCAGGAAGAGAGACUGCUCGAACGUACGUUGGAGGGGAGGGCGGUGCUGGAAGAAAUAGCGUAUAGUGUUUCAAUAAAUACCUGCCUGCGGAGCCGUAAAGGUUUUCGUAUGUGCUGUUUGUCUGUAACAACGUUGGAAUAACAACCUUAUAAGCAGACGUUCCUCUUCUUAUCCAAGUUACAUUCAAUGCCUAACACUGCAGAAAUUCAAGGAGCAAAUAACACAGACAGUGGCAAUCAGACUACUGAUACUAGGAAUCCCAGCAGAGAUGUUGAACACAGUUUGUUGAAUUCAGUUAGUAACGAUGCUUCAGCUGUUCGCAGAAGAGGUUCCAAUGAUCGACAGCAUCCCUGGACCUGCCCCGUGACACACUCUAGGGAAAAGUUUUACACUGUCUGUUCAGACUACGCCCUCCUAAAUCAAGCUGCAUCAAUAUAUAAAUCACCUUGCACUUCAGCAGAAAAUCCAGGAAGAACACACGACGGAGCCUCAUCUUUUGUUGAAGUGCCUGUAUCAAACUGCAAUGAGGGCAUCUCCAAUGUAACCUGUAAAGCAGAGACUGACUUAGAAGAUAUGUCUGUUAGGCAUGUUAAGCCCAUGCUUGCCUGGGAAAUAGAUACAACAGAUUUUGAUGCUGUGCUGACAAGAAAGAAAAGCAGAACAGGCAGUGUGAAGAAGACUGGUUCUAAAAAGAUGAAUGCAUCUGAGAAACACAGGAAUUUUCAGGAGUUUACUCAGCAUUUGUCUGUAGAAGAAGUAAAACAAAGAAAAGUGCUGGAUCUCAGAAGAUGGUACUGCAUCAGCCGUCCUCAGUACAAGACUUCAUGUGGGAUAUCAUCACUAGUUUCCUGCUGGAAUUUCCUGUACAGCACUCUUGGAGCAGGGAGUCUUCCACCUAUUACCCAAGAGGAAGCUUUACAUAUAUUAGGAUUUCAACCACCUUUUGAAGAAAUUAAGUUUGGACCAUUUACUGGAAAUGCAACAUUAAUGAGGUGGUUCAGGCAAAUCAAUGAUAAUUUUCGAGUUCGAGGGUGUUCAUAUAUCUUAUACAAACCACAUGGAAAGAAUAAAACUGCUGGAGAAACAGCUGAAGGAGCCUUGAUGAAAUUAACACAAGGACUAAAAGAUGAUUCAAUGGCAUUUAUUUAUCACUGUCAAAAUCACUAUUUUUGUCCUGUGGGAUUUGAAGCUACUCCUCUAAAAGCCGCUAAAGCAUACAGAAGUCUUCUUCCUUAUAAUGAAAUGGAGCAUUGGAUUCUUAUUGGAGAGCCAAGCAGAAAACAUCCGGCAAUUCACUGCAAAAAGUGGGCAGAUAUAGUAACUGAUCUUAAUACCCAGAAUCCAGAAUACUUAGACAUUCGUCACACAGAGAGAGGUUUGCAGCACCGAAAAACAAAGAAGGUUGGUGGAAACUUGCACUGCAUUAUAGCUUUUCAAAGAGUAAACUGGCAAAAGCUUGGUCCUUGGGCGUUAAAUAUUGAGAAUCUGCGACAUGAUUUUCACACUCCUGGAGGUGAUCGUGUGAUGACCAGCAUAUCUGAGAGAAGGGAAGAAAAAGCAUCUGGUAAACGCCAUGGACGGUUGGGGAGAUCACACAGUGGUGGACUCCAGAAAGAAUCUGGUUGGAAGAGAUUAUCUAAUAGUUAUGAGUAUGGGUGUGGUGGAUCCCCAGAAAGUGAAAUGGAGGAAGAUAAUACAGACUAAGAAUGCUAAAUGUAGUUCAUCAUGUACAUUAUAUGUAACCUGGAAGGGGGAACAGAGUCCAAUGUAAGUGUUUAACAGAUGUUCAGCCUUUAAAAUUGUCAAUGUGGUAUUUGAUGUUUUCUCUUUUGUCUUGUUAGGUGGAAUAGUCAGGUAUUUAAUAAAAUGUUUUUUUUUUCUUUUUUGUGACCUGUGGAAACAGUAAAGGCCACAUGCCUGAGUCACACUAUAUCUAUCUCAGGAUUCCUAUUGGCAGGGACACUUGUGCCUUUUAAUAGGAUUCACAAUUUGGAUAAGUUACUUGCAUUAAGGGUGACUCUUUCCUAGAAAGAAAGGAAAGGAACAAUCACUGUAUUCACCUGUUAAAAACUCAACACUGUACACUGAUUUACAAAGUAGCUGUUAAAAUAAAAAAAAAUUAGCACAAAUUACAAUGACAAACCAACAGAAAAGGUUACUGUAAUGGAUAAUGACAAUUGGUGAAGUUCUUAAGACAUUUUAUUUGGUAUAGUGUAACAAAACAGAAAUGCAUGUAUAUGUCUGUAUGUUCUGCCUUUUAGUGGUAGAAUAAAUGGAGAUUAAUUUUAAGAUACAAAUUGAAACUGUGUCUUUAUAGAAGUUUACUUUCUAGUGAAUAUUUAUAAUUUAUUUAAUUUUUGUUAUUUCAGUAUUGGCACAUUUAAACACUAAAUUUUCUUCAGAUCUUCAGAUAUGACGCUGGUGUAUUCUUUGCCUUAACUCCGCAAUGUCCAAGGGAGUGAUUCGGCAACAUCCGCCUAGAAGAGGGAAACAAAAUAGAAAGCAUCUUCACUUCUUGUGUUGCAACUAUUUUUGUUUUAAAUUCAUAUUAACUGACACAUUUUUAUAAUUAUACUAUAAUAGCUUUUAGUAACAAGACUUCUUUACUGUUUUUGAACUGCUGAUUAUCAGAUAUGGAGAUUGUAGACUAUUUUGUUUUCCCUUUAAUCUUAGUUUUGUUUUUUUUUUCUUGGAGUACAUACAGUAUUGUUUUUGUUAUAAUUACUUAGAAACAUAAUACAGUACACCUUGUAUACUGUACAGAUUAUUUCUAAAUAAAACAAAAUAUUUAAUGAAAUGCACAGUACCAGGCAAGAAAAGAUGAAGUAAAACACAUAAUGUUGCACUAUAAAACAUGGAAUACUCCUCAGAACUUUAACAUUCCUCAUACAGUACCCUGUAGUACACAAUAGUAUGCAUGACUACUACAAAACCAAAGUUUAUUAUUGUAGAAAACAACAGCGCUAUCUGGAAUGUCACUCCUCAUACCCUAAUGAAGUGAAUCACAAAGGUGACUUCAAAACACUUGCAGCUGCUUUUAUAUCUUGCUUCCACUAGGUUUACAAUAAUGGCUCACUUUUGUCUUGCAUUCAUACUGUACGUGUCUUCUUUUUCUCUAUUACCAUGCAUUGAAACACAAGGACUGCUUUAGACAAUAGUGAAGUCACAAAACGUUGCACUUAUGUGGUGUGUGUAUAUUUUUUAAUUAGCGAUUUAAAAAAUAAAUACAUUUUAUCUUUGAAGUUU